UUGUUAUUGUAUCCAUCCGCAGUCGAAUUCAACGCAGCACUGUAGCUAGGUAGCUUAGCUAGAGAGGCCACAUCGAAGCGACCCAGACGGAUAUUCGUGUCGUGGUGCUUAUUCCAGUACCAUUAAAAAUGAAGUUUCAGUACAAAGAAGAACAUCCAUUCGAGAAGAGACGGUCAGAGGGUGAAAAAAUAAGAAAGAAGUACCCGGACCGGGUCCCAGUGAUUGUUGAAAAAGCACCGAAAGCAAGGAUAGGUGACCUGGACAAGAAGAAAUACCUGGUUCCCUCCGAUCUAACAGUGGGCCAGUUCUACUUCCUCAUCCGAAAGCGGAUCCAUUUACGGGCUGAAGAUGCCCUUUUCUUCUUUGUCAACAAUGUCAUUCCCCCCACCUCAGCCACCAUGGGACUGCUGUACCAGGAACACCAUGAGGAAGAUUUCUUCCUGUACAUUGCCUACAGUGACGAGAGUGUGUAUGGAGAAAGCCAAAGGAAAAUGUAACACACACACACCCCCGAAAAUCUAGUAUGUUACCCACCUUCUAAGAAUUAAACCCAGUUGAGAAGCCUAGAGAACCCUAAGAAGAGACAUCAUAAUGCACUUUCUCUUCCUUGUGUCCUGCGCCUUGUCUUAUUGCUCUUAGUCUGAAUUUUAUUUCUUGCCUGGCUUCUGUAAGAUCAGUCUCGUCAACUGAGUUCCUGCUGUGAAGGUUGCUGCUAAAGGUUUGACCAGUUUCAACACAGUUCAGGAACUAAAGACCAAGAUGCCAGAAAUAUUACUAGUGAAUCUGAAUAAAAGUGUAGGUCACCCAUUAGAAGGAGCUCGGUGUUGUGUGAUGUAUUUACCAGUAGCACUUUCAGCAGUGCAUGUGUGAGUUUUUCAGCAUUGGCUUUAAAAUUAACUUAGUAUUUCAGCGUAAUAAAAUUCAGACUUUGUGUU